AGGCAGAAAGAAUCAGAGAAAGCAACAUUUUUUCGUUGAAUACACCUACUUCGUUAUAAUUAAAAUGAAUUAUGGAUAGUAGAAGGUCACCGGUCGAUGCGGUUAUCCUCGAGGCGAUUUACUCUAGUAUGUGGAAUACUAGGAACUAUCUCACAACUCGGAAGACCACGGUAUUAGACUACAAACAAAAAAAAUAAAACUGCUGCUUACAAAAACACAACAUUCAUUUUAAAGAUUACCAGGCAAUAAAGCCAUUGCGGAAGACCUUUUUCUUUAACACCUCAUCAAUAUACGUUUUAAAAUGAACGUCACUGGAGGAGGUAAUGGCCCCCAGGCGCCAGUAGCAGCAGGAGGCAACGUCAGCCUCAGCAACAACGCGCUCCUUGCCGCUACCUCAGGAGCCACCACCAUGCCUAUGGCGCAACUUGCUGAUGGUUGGCUGGAGCUAGAGUCCGACCCAGGUCUUUUCACCCUUCUACUCAAAGACUUCGGAUGUCAUGAUGUUCAGGUGGAGGAGGUGUACGACUUACAGAAGCCCAUCGAGAGCCCAUAUGGUUUUAUUUUUCUCUUUCGCUGGAUCGAAGAGCGACGUGCCAGGCGCAAAAUAGUUGAGACAACUGCGGAGAUAUUCGUAAAGGAUGAGGAGGCCAUUUCCAGCAUUUUUUUCGCCCAGCAAGUCGUACCCAAUAGCUGUGCCACUCACGCUCUACUCUCAGUGCUACUGAACUGCAACGAAAACAACCUACAACUGGGUGACACUCUCAGUCGUCUAAAGUCCCACACAAAAGGCAUGAGUCCAGAGAAUAAGGGACUAGCCAUCGGAAACACUCCGGAGCUGGCCUGUGCCCACAACUCGCACGCAAUGCCGCAAGCCCGGCGCCGGCUUGAGCGAACUGGAGCUGGUGUUUCCAGCUGCCGCUUUACCGGUGAGGCUUUUCACUUCGUUAGCUUUGUGCCUAUUAACGGACAGCUGUUUGAAUUGGAUGGUUUGAAGCCAUAUCCCAUGAAUCACGGUGGAUGGGAGGAUAGUGAGGACUGGACGGACAAGUUCCGUCGUGUGAUGGCAGAGCGACUAGGAAUAGCUACCGGUGAACAGGACAUACGCUUCAACCUCAUGGCCGUUGUACCGGACAGACGGAUUGCCAUAACACAUAAGCUCAAAAUGCUGCGCACCAACCAGGCCAUCGUGUCCGGGACAUUACAAAAACUUCUGAAAGCCGACGAGCAGGGUGAAUCCGGAAACGGAGACUCACAACGUCCGGAUACACCCACCACGUUACUGGAGCCAAGCGCCUUCACAGCUCGGGAUCUGCAGUCGCUACUCAAAAACCUUGACACCGAGAUAGCCAUUAAUGAGCAGCAUCUUGCCGACGAAAACGAUCGGCGACAUAUGUUCAAGGUAGACGCCAGUCGGCGCACGCACAAUUACGACAAGUUUAUUUGCACCUUCCUCUCAAUGCUGGCACACCAGGGUGUUCUAGGUGAACUGGUCAGCCAGCAUCUGCUGCCCUCAAAAAAGAUCAGUGGUCAAGGCGCUGCCAAUCGAAUAAGUAAGCAGACCAACAACUCGAGUGCGGGCGGAAGCACCGGAGGAGCCGCUGGAACCGCCCCUAAAACUCAGCAGCAACAGACUGCAGCCGCUAAAAAUGGCAAGUCGCCAAGUAAAACACCGGGCAGAAGGAGAAAAGGACGCAACAAGUGCAGAAAACGAAAGUAGACGACCAUGUGUACAUGUUUUCAACAAUACAGUUUGCAUUUUUAAGACCUUUCAUUCCAGUAUUGUUUUACUAAAAAUUUUCCCACCAAGAAAAAUAAUUUGAUUUAUAAGUUUGGAUAAGUUUAGUUUUAGUGCCAUCCCACAAAAUAUUUAGGUGCAUUGAAUUGAAUCUUUUGAAUACAAAAUUAACUUGGCAGCUUCUUCAUUUUUAUUUGAUCGCAUUUCGACCUUUUUAAUAAUAAAAAACCAUUUUGUUCGUAUGAAUAAAUGUUCCUUGACACACCAAGGACCCAAAAGUGUA